UCCAGUUUCGUUCAUAUUCAAACUCGGUGCGGUCAUGCCAAGAAAUCGCUGUAUCCUUCCCGUAUUUUUGCUCGCCACUAUACUGGCAGCGUCCUAUUCGACCAUCGUACAGAAACAAGUUCCGGUGGAUGACUAUUACGAUGAGUAUCAAAAUUUUCAACCGGUAGUGGGAUUUCGUCGACCCAUUAUCGUAAAAGAAGAGUCGAAGAAAGAACAAGACUUAAGCAAAAUUCCUGGAAUUCCUGGGGUGGAUUAUCCCAUUUAUCAUACAGUGCCGCCUACGAGUUUUUCUUGCGCAUAUGUUCCAAUCGUACCAGGAAUGUAUGCAAAUGUGGAAACUGGUUGUCAGGCAUAUCACAUUUGCCAUGACGGACGUGAAGGACAUCAAGGUGCCUCUUUCUUAUGCACCAAUGGAACACUUUUUAACCAGCAUGAAUUUGCAUGCGAUUGGUGGUACAAUGUUAAUUGCGCUAAUGCACCAUCGCUUUAUAGACUUAAUGCAGAUCCAUUAAAAAAUCCAUACGUACCAAAGGAAACAAAGGACGAAAUUCGAAGAAGAUUGAAAAUUGUUGUAUUUUAAAUAUAAUUAGCUAGUUAAUUAGACUUAUAUAAUUUCCCAUUUUUACACAAGUGUAGUUAAAUAUAAUUGUUUCAUUGUUUUUAGCCAUAUAAAAAAAAAAAUUAAUUUCUAUCCGAUUGAGAAUCAACAAUCAUGUUUCUUAAUGAUACAAUUAAUUUCCCACUUCAAUUUCGCAAUUCUCAACAUAUUAAUUCUUCAAUUUCCACGUCAAUGUCGAUCGCAAUUAUCGCAGGGACACAAAAGCGGGUAUUGAGAUAGUAAAAGACAUGGGGAGAGAAUACAGCGGAAUUUCGAGAAAAGUAUGGCGAAAGUGAGAUGGAUGCGUGAGAUUAAUCGAAAGAGUCAUUAGCUUUCUUCUCUCUCCUUUUCAAAAGAUAUACAAGAUUUCCUCGGAUCGAUCGUUACCUACAAUCGGAAAAAAAAGUUUGGCAUGAAGAAAGAAAAUAACGUA